AGAAAAUUGGCACACGAGCGUGAAUUAUUGACUCGUGGACAGUGAGCAGAAUAAAUUUGCGUGUGGGAAGAGCCUUGGCCGACGAAAAAUAAUGUAUUGGGGAGGAAGCGGCAGCGGCGCGUUUUGGGGAGCUGCAGCAACAACGACGACACCGGCCGCCUCAGGAAUAACGCCAAACAAUGACAAGCCUCUGUUUAAAAAAGCGGCAGCUCUGAUGGCUUUUUCCAGCCCAGCGAACUCGUCAGCAGCCAUGGCGGAGCUGAUGCACUUGGUGGUCGACAACUACAAUGAACUGGUCGAGAAUACGAAAGAUCCGAUGGUGGACACGUGGCUACUGAUGUCGAGUCCAUGGCCCGUUUUCAUGAUUUUGGCGUGUUACCUUUAUUUUGUUCUCUCUUUGGGCCCCAAACUGAUGGCAAACCGGAAAGCGUUCCAUUUGACAGGGGCGCUCAUCGUGUACAACUUUGUUCAAGUCAUCUUCAGCAUCUUUUUGGCCUAUCUGCCCUUUCAAGAGAGCGCGUUUUCGCAUCUAAUAAACAACGCCUGCUCAGCGACACGCACCGUCGAGUUCUCCAGAGCGCUAUCAAGCGGCGCUUGGUGGUAUUUCUUUGCCAAAGUGACUGAGUUGCUUGAUACGAUUUUCUUUGUGCUGAGGAAAAAGCAAAAUCAAGUGACAUUUCUGCACGUUUACCAUCACACUAUCACAGUGCUCUUCUCCUGGGGCUAUCUCAAGUUUAUCCCAGGUGAGCAGGGAAUCGUCAUUGGGUUCCUCAAUUCUCUGGUCCACAUUGCAAUGUAUUCAUACUACCUCAUUGCUGCCAUGGGUCCCAAAUAUCAAAAGUACCUCUGGUGGAAGCGAUACAUGACCUGGAUUCAACUGAUCCAGUUUUGCCUCAUGGUUGCCUAUAUGCUUGGUCUUUUAGCAUACGACUGCAAACUGCCAAAGGCGCUGACACUUUUCUUCGUUGGUAACGCCACCGUGUUCCUCUUCCUCUUCUCAGACUUCUACCGCAAGGCGUACAUUAAAAAGAAGCAAAUUUAAUAAACAGAAGCAAUUAAGAGUAUUGAGAGAUUCACAUUCAUUUUGAAUGGAGAAUAAAUAACUAUGCACAUGAUAUACAAUACAUUUAUUUGAGGUAAAAUAAAGCAUUAUUUAAUUACAAAGAAACCCCUCACC